AGUUUUCAAAUCCUUUGCCGCCAAGCAACAUGCGGCAUGCUUCAACAGAGGAUGAUUCUGGGCUGACGAAGCUGUCUAAUGAUGACUUUCGUAAACUUUUGAUGACUCCACGAGACACACCGGGUGAGGCUCCGCCUUCUUCCAGACCAACACAGCAGAAACCGAUUGUGAAGGAUUAUAAUGAAGAGGAUGAUCCCAGGGCAAGAAGGCGCAAGAAAAAGAGUUACUAUGCGAAGCUCAAGAAGCAGGAGAUGGAGAGGGAAGAAGAAUUGGCAAAGAAAUACAGAGACAGGGCUGCAGAAAGAAGAGAUGGGAAAACGGAUUACGAUGAAACUGAAAUUGUCAGCACAACAGCAAACUACAAGGCCGUAGCUCCUAAUGCACCAGCAGAUUCUGCAGCAUCUAAUAGGCGUAAGCAGCUCAUUGAGGAGAGUAAAUAUCUCGGUGGUGACAUGGAACAUACUCACUUGGUGAAAGGCCGAAAUUAUGCCCUGCUACAUAAGGUUCGAGCUGAAAUCAACAACAAGGAGAGAGAAGUAGAAGAUGUUCUGGAGAGUACUUACCAGACUAAACCUAAAGAAGUGGAUGCUGAAGAAAAUAUCCAGUUCAAAGGCAGGAUGGCAAGGAACAUCUACCGUAUAGUAUUCAAGAUGCACCAGCCUCAGCGUAACGAGUCCUUCCUUCCUGGCCGCAUGGCUUACCAAGUUGAUCUAGAUGAUGAGUUUGCUGAGACAGAUAUCCCAACCACAUGCAUGAGAAGCAAAGCUGACUGUCCAACUGUAGAAUCACAAGCAACUCUGACUACCAAUGACAUUGUAAUCAACAAGCUGACCCAGAUUCUAUCCUAUCUUCGACAAGGCCAAAGAGGAAAGAAACUCAAGAAGAAAGAAAAGGGCAAACUGAAGGAUGAAAAGAUGGAUAAAGCACAUGUUGGAGAAGAUAAUAUCUUUGGUGAUCUUGGAAGCUACCACCCAUCUUACAACAAGCCCAAGGAACCUCCCAAACCCCGGGAGAAGGAGAAAGAGAGGGAGAGAGACAGAGGCCGUGACCGCGAUAGGGAGCGAGACCGAGACCGACCCAGCCGGGAUUACGAAAGACCCCGAGAGAGUGACAGGGACCGACAGAACCGGGACUACGAGAGACCGAGAGAGAGCGAGAGGGACAGAGACCGUGACAGGAAUAGAGAUAGAGACAGGGAUAGACAGAGGAUGGAUAGGGGCCGGGAUUAUAGGGACAGUGAUCGGGACCGUGAUCGCAGACCAAGGUCAAGUUAUUUUGAGAAACCUAAGGAGGCUGAUGAGGAAUUUGACAAGCCUCCUGCUGAUAAACUCUUGCAAAGCAUCAGUGAAAAGUUUGGAAAGCCUCCACCGGAAAAAGAGGAUGAAUCUCGCUUCAGAGCCGGUUGGGAAAAUGAUGAUAAAUAUCCUUUUGUAAAUCACCAAAGUUGCAAUAAUAUUGUUCUAAUGAUUUAUUUGGUAUAAAUCUUUUGCCAGAAUUUGACCCAUAUUUUGAUCCAGACAGUAAACCAUUGCUGCCUGUUGGGGUACCAGCAUCUGCAAUCAUUAAAUAUGUUUUCAAUUGUGGUAAUUAUUAUUAAUUCUUUUUUUAUGCCUCGGUGGUUGCUCUCGUUAUUAUGUUUGGAGUUUUCCGUCCUGUUAUCCUUCUUGCGAAAAGAGCCAUUUGAUGGAUCAACUUCAAACUUGGUCCAAGUAUGCAGCAUUGAUGAUGAUCUGAUUAUUUUGGGGGGUAUCAAGGUCAAAGGUCGCAGAGGUCUUUAUAUACCCCAAAAUAUCUCAAAUUUAAAGCUGUAUUUUUCUCAAAUCACUGACCAUUUAACAGAAAGUGCACAAGUCACCGCUCAGGAACUUAUCUGCGGCACUAUGUUACAUUGCCAAUGUGCACCUUACAGUACACUAGCGUUUAAAUUCAUAUCACGACACUUCCUUAUUAAAUCCAUAUUGGUGCUUAUUUGACAGCACAUCUGAAUCUGUUCACUUCAACUGAAUGAACAUUGUUCACCCUCCUUCAUAGACACACAUGGACACACACAGCACACCCACUCACACACUGUACAGCACACACUCACGUCUUCACCCAUAAAACAACCCUCACACUGUUACACGGACACCUUGACAACUUUAUACCAAUUGUUCAGAGAUACGCAUGUACACACAGAGCCCACCCACCCACACCAGCACACACACUGUACAGCACACACCCACAUCCUCACCAUUAAAACAACCCUCACACUGUUACACAGACACCCAGACAACUUUAUACCCAUUGUUCAGAGACACACAGAGCACACCAGCACACACACUGUACAGCACACACCCACAUCCUCAUUAAAACAACCGUCACACUUACACAGACACCCAGACAACUUUAUACCCAUUGUUCAGAGACACACAUGGACACACAGAGCACACCAGCACACACUCACGUCUUCACCCAUAAAACAACCCAAACACAAACACACAGAUUAUCUCUCACUCCCAAAUAAACUUGAUAAUUAUUUGAAUAUUUAGAGCAAAUAAGAGA